AUGGGGGAAGAACACGAAAUUGAAGUAAAGUUGAAAGAAAAGAAAGAUGAGUGUGAGAGUGAAUCCACUUCAACUAAAGCUAAAGCUAGUAAGGAAGCAAAUGAAGAGAAAGAAGAUAAAAAGAAAAUAGAAGAGAAAUAUGUGCCUCCUGCACCAUACAAGCCACCAUUGCCCUUUCCUCAGAGGUUUCAUAAAGCACAAUUAGAUAAGCAGUUUGGGAAAUUCCUUGAAGUUUUGAAGAAGUUGUUGGAAGAUUAUGAAACUGUUGCACUUACUGAGAAGUGCAGUGCUUUAUUGCAGAACAAGCUCCCACCAAAGCUGAAAGAUCCUGGAAGUUUUUCCAUACCAUGUCACAUUGGAGAAACAAGUAUUGAGAGAGCAUUAUGUGACUUGGGGGCUAGUGUUAGCUUGAUGCCACUUUCCAUAUGUGAGAAGUUAAAGGUAGCAGUCUAUAAAGUAUCAGUUGAGAUUUUAGAGAAUGUACCAUUAAAAGUUGGAAAGUUUUUCAUUCCAGUGGAUUUUAUUGUACUAGAGAUGGAGGAGGAUGUAAGAACGCCCAUCAUACUUGGAAGGCCAUUUUUAGCCACUGCAGGAGCUAAUAUAGAUGUAAAGAAUGGGAAAUUGAAGUUGACAGUGGGGGAGGAGGAAAUAGAGUUUAAUUUAUUCCAAAAUUCCAAGGAACCAGCUGUGUUGAAUUCUUGUUAUAGGGUAGAUGUUAUAGAGCAUGAUCUUUGGAACUGGUUACUAAACUAG